AUGGAUCCUGCGGAUGUGGAUAUCAGUCUUCAAGUGGACGAUAAUAGGGUCGCCCACAUCCAGACUGAAUCUGCACUUCCCCACAUUCGACCUUCGGUAGAAGACUACUUUGACGAACGCCCUGUCACUGUGUCCAUCUCUACGGGGGUGAAGCGCAAGCGUGUCACUACUCCAACCCGCGUGCAAGCACCUCCAGCUGCCGAGAGCCCUGACCCUCUUCCUUGGUACCUAGAUCCUGCCUACGCCAACUCGCUAGACUCUUCACCUGCAAUCGAUGAGUCUCGUCUGACUCGGCUUGGAACCGAGGACCUUGAAGAGUCUGUGUGGUCCCCACCCCCCAAGCGUAAGCUUUAUCUCGGCGCAAUGGCUCCCCUGGAGCCCUCGGAGCUGCCUGACCUUCCGCCCAUGACCAACCCCAGCUCGCGUGUUUGGGAAUCUCACCGUCCCUCUGGAUUGGACUUUACCAUUUAUGAAGACCCACAGGACCAGGAGAGCCCCAAGGUCAGUCCUUUGCAAGAAGGCUUCCACACUAUCGAAGAGGAUAAAGAGAACAUCUUCCUCACUAGCUCUGACUAUGGUACCUCUGACGAAGAAGAGGAGAAUACUCGGCCCAACCUCGCUUGGAAUGAAGCUUCCACCGGCCCACGCGAUGCCUUCGGUCUGCCACUCAACCGCGAAAUGUCUGAUUUUGUCCGACCUCACUCCACUCCACUCCCAAAGCUCCACAUGCGCCGUGGUCGAGAGGUCCUGCGAACCCUCUGGGCUGAUGAGACACAAGUCCCCGAGGAAGGCAAUGAUCGGUUGCGUGAUGAAAUUCUGACGGACGCCCAGCUACGGGAGGUUGAGCAUACUGAAGAGGGUUUCCAACAAGGUCGAACUAUGCUCCGCCCUAACCGCCCCUCUGCUAUCCGUGAGAAUACCCCCGUUCAGGCUCCGGGCAACUUUGACCGAGAUGUUCGCCGCGUUCUUGAUUUCCACCAACACGAGGGUCGUCCUGCCACCCCUGAGGGAAAUGAAGGUCGUCGCUCUGUCACUCUCGAGGAAAGCGAGGUGCAGCCCCAACAGCCCCAGCCGGAGCAGGAGCAGUAG